CCUGUCUCUCUGCCUUCCCCUGUAUCUUUAAUCUGUCUCUCCCUCCCUCAUUCCUCCCAUCCUCUCCCACAGCAUGACGGACCAGAGCACCGCUCAGCGGUUCCACCACCUGACAGCGGAGCAGGUGGAGGUCCUGGAUCAGGUUCUGUCCGAAGUGGUUCCCAUCCACGGCCGUGGAAAUUUCCCCACCCUGGAGCUGCGGCCCCGUGACAUCAUUGCGGCGGUCCGCACCCGGCUACAGACGCAGGGCAUCACCGUGAGGGACGUACGUCUAAAUGGAUCCACUGCCAGCCAUGUUCUGGUCCAAGACAACGGGACCAGCUACAAAGACCUGGACAUCAUCUUUGGUGUGGAGCUUCCGAGGCAGGAAGACUUCCAGGUGAUAAAGGAAACAGUGAUGGGCUGCCUGCUGGACUGUCUACCUGCAGGGGUGAACAGAGAGAGGAUCAGCAGCUCCACCAUGAAGGAGGCCUAUGUCCAGAAGAUGGUCAAGGUCUUCACCGAACACGACCGCUGGAGCCUCAUCUCCCUCUCCAACAACAGCGGCAAGAACCUGGAACUCAAGUUUGUGAGCAUGCUCAGGCGGCAGUUUGAGUUCAGCGUGGACUCAUUUCAGAUCAUCUUGGACCGCAUGCUGGAAUGCUACCUGCUGGAGGAGGAGUCACUGCAGGCAGUCCUGGCAGAGAGCAUGUAUGGGGACUUUGAGGCCGCCAUGGAUCACCUGAGGUACCGGCUGAUUGCCACACGGAACCCGGAGGAGAUCCGGGGUGGGGGUCUGCUCAAGUACAGCAACCUGCUGGUGAGGGACUACCGCCCAGCCAGCGAGACCCAGAUCAAGACCCUGGAGCGCUACAUGUGUUCGCGCUUCUUCAUCGACUUCCCUGACGUGCAGGAACAGCAGAGGAAGAUCCUGUCCUACUUGAGGAAUCACUUCAUCGGCGAGGAGCGGAGCAAAUAUCAGUACCUGAUGACCCUGCGACGCGUCGUCGACGACAGUACGGUGUGCCUGAUGGGACACGAGAGGCGGCAGACGCUCAACAUGAUCACGGUGCUGGCACUUAGGGUUCUGGGAGAACAGAACAUUAUCCCCAACACGGACCAUGUGACCUGCUAUUACCAGCCCGCGCCAUACCUGGCCGAGCACAGCGCCUCCUACAUUGCCGAGCCAGGCUACUGCAGCUACUAUAUACCACAGGGAGGUUCGACCCUUCUGUACCAGCCCUACCCUUUACAUCUACACACACAGACUGGCCUGGUCUAGCAAAGGACACACUGUGUAAAAACCACCAACACUGACCUAGACCUAGACCAACACUGAUAUAUCAUGUAGGUCUCUCUCCACACACACAUAGCAGCUCCACUUCUGUUUGAGGUCUGUGGUAUGAUUAGAGGUAAUUAUCCACCCUUUGUGGCAAAAUAAUAAUUCUCCUGAUAUUGAAGACAUUCUGUGAUGAAUGUAUGAGUCACACCUUGGCUCCCAGUCUCCCAGGGAAACGGGUGAACAGAUGACACACAAGCACAGGCAGGGAGAGAUACACACACACACACACACAGUGUUUCUCGGCUACACAGUCGAAUGCACCCAUACUGUGCGCACACACACACAAAGCUCUAUCUCUUCCAGACUCAAGAAUCCUCGUGCAUUAUUUCCAUGUUCUUAUUGUGUUGUUCUAAACAAGUUUGUUCUGAGUGCGAAAGUGGCCUGUUGUUGGAUCUUUCAAUAUUUUGCAUGGGUAACGAGGACUGUUUCUCCCCACUGCCAAAUACUAUGUGAGGACUUAGCUCCCAAAUCUUAGCUAAAGGGGUGUGUGUAGCUGGAUUAGUGUUUGUGAAAUGCAAAGAGAUGAAGAAGAUAAUUAUAUACAAUAUUAAUCUACCAGAGGGGGCGCCGCAUGAGCUGCCCAAGAAGGUUAAUGGCAUUUAGUGUUGCACACAUAGACACAGACACACACUCACACACACACACGGUUUUUGCCAUUCAUACAUUAUAACAUGCACAUCCAUAAUUUAAACAACCAGAAACAGGUUCAGAAGCUUUUUUAUAACGUAGUCAAAGGUCGGUAAGACAAAUCAAUCUAUUUUUACAAGACUUUCAGAGAAAUAAGUAAAUUGAUAUAAAGUCAGUCACACACACUAAAACAAAAUCACAAUGUCUUUGCAAUACACUGUACAGAUGACUGAAUACUGGAUAUUGUACACCAAUGCACGAUAGGGUGUUGUUUUCAGGUGAAUCAUGUGAGUAAUGUCAUAUUUCUUGUGGAGUCUUGGGUAUAAUGUGAUGUUUAAGCUAGUGUUACUGUGUUUUGACUUACUGUGCAACUGUUGACUUGUUAAGAGGUCAGUCAAGUGACCACCCAUGAUGUGGUCGGGUUUUGGUCAUUGUUUGGUCGUCUCUGAGGCCUGAUAAGAUAUGUGAAACCAAACCCGUCAGAACACACACACACACUCACGGAACCAGUCUGAAACCACAGAGGAAGAAGAGAAAAAAGACAAGAUUCAUAUCCACUCGGAAGCCCUCAUAACAUGACUGUGACCAAAGACGGCCUAGGAGGAAACUCAAGUGCCUAAAUGAGAGACAUCAGC